AUGUCUGCCUUUCCGACGGUGGACCUUGCUAGCGCUCCGCUGUUUGCCCCCGUCUCGGAGCAGCUGACCGUUGCAGAGCGCAUUAACCUGUCCCACGAGCGUGCGAAAGCCAUCGGGCUGCGCUAUGCACUCACAAUCGAGGAUGUCCUCCAACCGUCGAAGAAGUUCUGGGACAUGUACAUGGACUACAUCGUGACCCAUGACGGCGGGGCGGUCGCGCUCUUCAGCAUCCAGCUCAACCUCAUGGCCGGUACACUCGCGCCCUUCGUACAAAAGCGCCCAGAGCUGCGGCCACUCUUGGAAGACGUCCUCGCUUUCCGCGUCUCCGCUCAGUUCAUGUUGACGGAACUGGGCCACGGCCUUGACGCGGCGAACAUCGAAACUACUGCGACUAUGCAGGACGAUGGAAGCUUCGAUCUGCACACGCCCAACGCUAAUGCUGCGAAGUUCAUGCCUCCGACACUUCCUUUUGGCGGCGUCCCCAGGGUAGCAAUCGUAAUGGCAAGACUGAUCCACCGAGGCAAAUUCAAGGGUCUGCGGCCAUUCAUCGUCUCUCUGAACGACGGCAAAGAGAUGUGCAAAGGCAUCACCGCCCAAGAACUGCCGACGCGGACAGGCUCGAAAGCAAUCGGCCAUGCGCUCACCUACUUCGAUCACGUCCCACUCCCGCGCGAAGCGCUCCUCGGCGAGCUCGAUCCGAAGCUGCACCCGCGCGAGUACUUCCUGCGCAUGCUCUGGCGCGUCGGCAUCGGCUCGCUCAGCCUGACCGCCGUCGUCGCCCCAGGGCUCAAGAUGGCCGCGUACAUCGGCGCGCGCUACAGCCUGCGGCGCACGGUCGACAGCGGCGCGCGCGGCGUGCGCGUCCCGAUCAUGUCGUUCCGCACGCAGCAGCUGCCAAUCCUGCACGCGCUCGCGCAGGGAUUCGUGCUCGAGGCGUUCUUCCGGCGCGCGGCGGGGUGGCUGACGGACACCCCGUUGGAGAAUAUCAACCUGAGGAACGCGAUUUGCGCGAUCGUGAAGGCGACGAUGAUUGGGCAUUGGCGGAGGACGGGAGUUACGAUCGUGGACCGGUGCGGCGCGCAGGGCAUGUUUGACUUUAACAUGCUCUUCCCCAUGGAGACUGAACUCCGCGGAGUGGCCAUUGCCGAGGGGGACGUGCUCGCUCUAUGCCUUCGCCUCGCCCCAGAGCUGCUCCUCGGCCGAUACAGCAUCCCCGCCCCCGAAGAACCCACCUCCCGCCUCGCCCAGCACGAGCACAAGCUCGGAGCCGAGCUCAAAGCCAUCAUCGCCACCGCCUCCACUUCCACCUCCACCCCUGCCUCCGCACACCGCUCCGAGCUCGCAAACCAGCUCCUCCUCCCGCGCUGCCUGCCCUACGUCGAGGCCAUCGGUCACCGCAUGGCCCUCGAGGCGGCAUCCCCCACUGUCCCCGCGCCCCUGCUGCAACUGUACGAGGCGGGCGUCGUCGGAGCUGACCUCGCGGCGUACGUCGAGUGGGGGCUCGUCGCGUCAAGGGCGGCAUGGGCGAAGGAGGAGGCGCGCGCGGUGAGCGCGGUGUAUGCGAGGCUGGAGGAGUUUCUGGAGGCGACGGGGGCGGGACCGUAUGCACGGGCGGCGUGUGUGUCGGAGGAGGCAUGGGGGGCGUAUGUGGAGACACUGCCGGUGUAUGGCGGGGAGGCGGAGGUCGAUUGGAGGAGGGGCGUUGAGGGGUGGGCAAAGGCGCGGCUUUGA